AUGGAGCCAGCUCUAAUCCAGCUGGCCCGACCUAUUCCCCCUUUGCGCCAAAAUGCGCGAACUGCAAAUCCAUCAGUACACUCCGACCGUUUGUCCCUUGCCCGCAUGUCUGAAUGGCGUUCUUUUUCCGAAGAUGCUCUCCGAGCUUUUCAUGAGGCUGGCAUCACCCAUGAGGUCCCGUUCCAGGAUGAGACUGAGCUAUACACCGUUGGCACUAAACAUGGUGUCUCCGGUCGCUUCGUUCGAAACCUAUGCGACCCGGUUAUGAGAGCUCUUGCACCACUGCCGGGUAUGGAAUCAAUCCGAUUCGCAGACUUUCCAGCACUCUCCACUUCUGAUGACAUCCUUCCCGAUAUAUGUCUGGGCCGGAUCGCGGCUGACCCCACACCUGACAAUGUUUAUCUGGUUGGGGAAAUUAAGACGCGAUGGACCAUUCCCGAAGCAUAUCUUCAUCUCAACCGACCGAGUGCAUCUUUCCGACUUGAGCCGCUCAUGGGACAACUCGUCGUUCAAAUGCGCAUGUGUUCGGUUCGCUUUGGAUUUUUGUCCACCUACAACUCUACCGUGUUUGUUAAACGAGCGGCGGACUCUUCUUUUCUUCUUUCGCCUCCAGUCAGCAACGACGCGAUUCAGCCCUCCCUUCGCCAGUUAUUUGCCGGCUUUUGUCGCAUGGCUCAAAUGGCGCCAAGAAGCCCUGGUCAACUGCACCCACAGUCGUCGAAGAAUGAGCCCGUCACCUCCAGCAGUGUUAUUGUUGAUACUGGCACAUCUCUGGGUACAGUCAUCAAUUGCAUUCGCCAACUAUCAGACACUACGGAAAACUCAAAAGCCACCUGGCUGGCUAGUAUGAACGAAACACCGGUGAUUCUGAAGUGCUGGCGACCCAGUCACGAUGAGCUAUUUGAUGCUGAAAGUGAGGUGUACGAGCGUCUUUGGUCUUGGCAAACGUCCGGUCAUGAUUCGAUAUUUGCUCGAUGGAUUCUGAGAGGAGAAAUUAUCUGCUCGAGUAUCUUCCCUUCGGGAUACGCUCUCGUAUUAGAGCAUAUAGAUGGGGUUCGGCUUGAUCGUGUAUGGCAUACUUUGGCGGUGGAGGAACGAGCAUCUAUUGAAUCCCGUUGCCGCAUGGGGAUUCGUGCCUUGCGACAAGUGAACAUCCGUCUCGAUAACGCAGGAAUGCACAACGUGCUCUACAGCAGAGAGAACGAUGAGGUCACUCUGGUUGACUUUGAAAGCGCCCAAGAAGUGACAAGUGACUCGGCAAUUCCCCCGUACUAUGAGAUGGAGGAUAUUUUUGGCUCUCAUUCGCACCGCUAG